CGGCCGCCGUAACCCCGCCUCCAGGGGAGCGGCCCUGGCCCGCCAACUCCGCCAUCGCCGGCAUGAAGCCUCCGCCACGGCGGCGAGCUGCCCCGGCGCGCUAUCGGGGCGAGGCGGCCGGCACCGCCGCCUGGAGCGCCCUCGAGAAGCGGCAGCUGCUCCGACUGCUGCAGACGCGGCGGGGCCAGCCGGAACCGGACGUUGCCGAGCUGGCCGGGGAGCUGCCGGGCCGGAGCGAGACCGAGAUUCGGGAUUUCCUCCAGCAGCUCAAGAACCGUGUGGCCCGGGAAGCCAUUCAGAAGGUGCAUCCAGGUGGCCUAAAGGGUCAAAGGCGUCAGCCCCCAGCUCCCAUCGAGGUGUGGAUGGAUCUGGCUAAGAAGAUAACAGGCCCACUGGAGGAAGCUCUGACUGUGGCUUUCUCACAGGCGCUCACCAUCAUGGCUGUGGAGCCCGUCAGCCUCCUGUACUCAAAGCCGUCCAAGCCUACGCAGGCACGUGGAAAACUACUGCCCCUUAACACCCCUAGCAGACAAGAGAACCCAAGCCCUGAGGCUGCUGGCCCCACCCCUGAAGCACCUGCUGGCCCCUCUGCUGAGGGAGACCUCGAAGUGGACUUUGAAAAAAUCUACAAGUACCUGUCAUCCAUCUCCAACAGCUACCAUGGUCCUGAGCUUUCCCCAGCUGAGGCAGCUGUGGUCCUUGACCUGCUCAUGUCACUUCCUGAGGAGCUGUCUCACCUGCCCUGUGCAGCCCUGGUUGAGCAUAUGAUGGAUACAUACCUACACCUGAUGGCCCCCCAGUCUGACCCCAGCAGUGGGAACCUGGGACCAGAAGCUGAGGUUUGUGGGACUGGCUCUAGGGGGCAAGAGGAGUCCGGUCAGGCCAACCCCCAGGCCCCUGAGAAUGCCAGGCCCAGCAAACCGAGAUCUGCCUGGCAAGUAGUUGGGGUUUGUCCCCUGAACCCAUUUCUGGUGCCCCUGGAGCUUCUGGGCCAGGUAGCUACCCCUGCAAAGUGAUGAGCUGACCGAGCACACACCAGACAUCUGUGAGCUCCUGGCCUUCAAUUCUGCUUGGGCUGGCACUGGGUCUUCAUGAGGAUCUGGUCCUAGUGGAAAGUCCCUCACUCGGUGUGCAGUGCCAAGUGGCCUUUAGGACAUUCCAUUCAGCAGGGGUUUCAGAAAUGGAAGUCCAGUUUGUGUAGGAGUUCAGCCACAGAUCUUAAGUGGGGGCAGCCAGAUGGCUGGGAUAAAACCACCAUCAAAUACUGGCCCCUCCUUUCAUGCAUCCUGUUGCUUAUGCCUAUAACUGAAUAAAGUUGUCAAUCUGUC